AUGUCAGUACUUUCGUUUUUGGUAGUGUAUCGCAAAUACGGUGGUUUCUACUAUCGUUCCAUCAUGUCCACCUUGUGUCUUUUGGUCAUGGCUAUUUAUGGCAUGUGUGUCUCCAUUGUGCUCCCCAUCUUUGGUAAAACACACCUCAUCAAUUACUCGGUCGCUCGUGGCUACUACAUGCUCGGUAGUUUCUUUUGUGGCCUCAAGGUCGAGAAUGAGGGAGAGGAAAACUUGCACAAAGUCAAAGGUCCCGUCAUCUACGUUUGCAAUCAUCAAUCCAGCAUGGAUAUCAUGUUGAUGGGCAAAGUGUACCCCAAGAACACUGCCAUUGUCGCAAAGAAGCAGCUCAAAUACUACCCUUUCUUGGGUUGGUUUAUGACUUUGAGUAAUGCCAUUUUCUUGGAUCGUAAAAACAGAGAUAGUGCUGUCAAGGAAGCUCGCAAUGCUGCUUUGGAUAUUCACAGAAAAAAUACCAAUGUCUGGAUUUUCCCUGAAGGUACUCGUGGUCACGAAGCAGAGAUCACCCUCUUACCCUUCAAGAAAGGUGCAUUCUACAUGGCCGUUCAAGCUGGUGUCCCCAUUGUGCCCGUUGUCAUCGCCAACUACUAUGAUUUCUACAGUGCCAAAGAGAAGAGAUUUGAUGCGGGUACUGUUCGUUGCAGAGUUUUGCCUCCCAUUUCAACUGAAGGUGUUGCUGAAGAUUCCGCUGACAUCGAAAAGCUUGCCAACAAGUGUCGUGAUCAAAUGCUUGCUGCACUCAAGGAAAUCACUCCUGCUCGUCAAAUCAAGAACAAAUCCCAAUAA